AUGGUUCGUCGCCUUCAGACGCAGCUUGCCAUUGCCUUGAACUUUGCAAAGUCGGAGAGCGCUGAUCGGUUAAAGUUGCAAGAUGACAUCAAGGCCAUUCUUCCCAAGCCGCCCUCGGGGAAACUCGUUGUGAAAGAGGACGGAACAGAGAUGACAAUGGAGGAGGUUAACACUCUGCUUGCCAUGACACUGGAACGCAUCGAGAAGCUUCAUGAGAGUUUAGAAAUGAGUGGAUCAGUCGCUAAGCGUCAUCUAGUUGCAGCCUUACAGAACUACAAGGAGAUGGCUAAUCGAUUCACCCAAGAAGCCAUCGAACGCGCAGUCUUGCGUGAGCAAAACAAACACGAACUGGAGCGGCUUGAAUGGGUAAAUAGUUUCAUGUUUUUCUUGCUGUAA